AUACUUCGUCUAAGUUGGCCCUUUUUGAUCCACGAUAUGUCUCGUAGACAGUCGACGAGAGAGGGAGUCGGACAGGGUGAAGAGGGAAGGGGAUGAAUUUGAACCAGAGGGGGCUGGCCGUUGUUAUCAGAGGGGUCAGAUACGUUGGUGCGCGCCAGUCGAAGCCGAGACUUCGUCCGCGCAACUUCUCGUGGACCUUGUCUGUCGAACGGUCUUUUCCGUUCGAACUCUUUCGACUCGACGAUUCACCAUUCGUGUUCCCUAUUCAAACCUCGUCGUCAUUUAUUUUUUUCUUUUAAAAAAAAUCACGAGAAAAAUAUGUCACACGAUUAUCUAUAACAUGUUUGUUCGUAAUCGAAGGAACAUUUAAAAUUCGCGGGUUUGUGUUUACAUUUGAAUCACGUUCGAACAACAAUCGCAACAGUUUGAAAUCGAGAGUUCUGCGAUAAGGAGAGCAGUUCAUGUAGAAAAAUCAAGAAUCAUGACGAAAGUGCGCCAAUACAGAUUUCUUCCGCUUCUUGUGCAUAUCCUUCUUGGCGUGUGCCGUGGUAUUCAACAAUUCGAGGAGACACCCCAAUACACCGAGGUGAAUCCCGGACAAGACGCGAAGUUGAUAUGCCGCGUGCUCGGCAAGAGGGGGCAGUGUAUCUGGCAGAAGGAUCAGAAGCCGAUCGGGAUGCACUUGAAGAAAUACGAGUGGGUAGGACGGCCAGACAUCGGCGACUGUUCUUUGUGGGUGAGAUCGGCCACUUUAGAGUUCGACGACGGUCUGUGGCAGUGCCAGGUCACAGCCAGCGAUUUCACCACGCAGGACGCGCUUGCAUCCGAACCGGCCCGGCUCGUUGUCAGAGUCAGCCCUCAGCGACCGCAGAUAGAGUACGCGGAUCGUCUAAUUCUACCCGGCAGCAACGUGACAGCCCGAGCAGGUGAGAUCGCCGCGCUCACUUGCAGAGCGCGGUAUGGGAAUCCUUCGCCUCUAAUUAAAUGGUACGUGGGCGAGACCGAAGUGAGGACUUUGAGGCCGCAGGUGAAUUCAACGGAGAUAGAUAAUCCUCGUACCUGGGCGACCUACAGUGUCUGCGAGAUCAUGGCGGACAGAUCGCGCUAUGGGCAGCCGAUUCGAUGCGUGGCCAUUCAUCCGGCCUAUGACAACCCGACUAUGUCGUCGAGCACGGAAGUCAGGUUCGACGUUAGAUACGCGCCCGAGACGAGGCUGGUCGGGGUGCCGACCGGGCAAUUGGAAGAGGGUCGUGAUCAACUCGAGAUACGAUGUCUGGCCGAUGCGAAUCCACCGGCCUCGAUCCUCUGGAGGAGAACCAAGAGUCCGGGAGUGACGGAGGUGGCCAGUAUCGGGGAAACGUUGCUAUUCUCCCCGAUCUACAGGAAUCACGCAGCUGUCUAUAUCUGCGAAGCGGCCAACACCGAGGGUGAAAGCAGCCCCGUGUCCGUUCAAGUGUCCGUCAACUAUCCGCCGACGAUCAGCUCGGUCGGGCCAGAUCGACUAACCACGGCGUUGUUAUUUUCUGGAGCCUCGUUCGAGUGUAACGCCGACGCUAUGCCACCGGCCGAGUACAGGUGGGCUCAAAUCUUCACCGAUGGCCGGAUGCCAUUGGAAUGCGGUACAGGGCAACGAUUGAUCCUGACGAACGUGACGUACGAGCAACAGGGUCAAUAUAUAUGUCUCGCCUCGAACAAGAUCAAUGGGAACGUCAGGGAAGUUAAAAGUGAUCCUGUAUCGCUGCAAGUGGUCGGCGCGCCCAGGGUGGUGAAACCGGGUAUCACGGAGAAGUUUGUCGUGGCAACGACCGAAGGGAGCCCGGCGAAAUUAGAGAUCAGACUGUGUUCCGACCCGAAGCCCCGGCUCGUGGCUUGGGAAUGGGGCAGCACCAGACUCCACGCCGGUGAAGUACUGGAAUCACGGUAUCGAGCGUUGGAUCUAGAGCCGUUAGCGGUCGAGGAUUGUUAUAUAGCCGUUUUAGAACUGACUAGCACAGUGAAGGAGGAUCAAAGACUGUAUCACGUAAUCGUGGAAAACGAUCGUGGGAGCGAUCGUCGUGCCCUGAUGUUGAGAGUCGACGAACCAGGCCAGAUUCCACUCGUUAUCGGGGCUGUCGCUGGGUUUACGGUGCUCUCGGUGCUGGUAAUGGGAUUCGUUUGUUUCCUACGCUCGGAUAGAUGCUGCGUGGCCAGAAAUACGGUGCCUGCGCUCCAGCAAGUGCAUUGUACGAAGGCCUCGAACACGAUGAUAGAGGAUCCCCGUUUAGCAGUGGAUACGAUGGAAAGGAACAGUCAACAGUACGCGUCAGAGAAACGACCGAAUCACGUCUUGAAACCCGUCCCGUCACAGCAAUAUCAACAAGAGUGUUAUCAACACGAUCCGCCUCACCAACAGCAACAUUAUCAGAGGCAUCAUCAUCACCACCAUGGACAGCCUCACGGGCCGCAAUACACGCUUCAGGGGGAGCAGCUGUUUCUCAAACCAGAUCGUUUAGCAACCCUGAAGCCCCACUGCAAGAUCGAGAAGCCGCCGCAGUACACGACGUUCAAGCCGAGUUCGAACUGAAGAUUUUACUAUUUCUAUUUUCUAUUGAUGUACACAUUGAUCGCACACACAUGCGCGCAUCCUACAAGAAACUGAAAAUAAAAAAACAUCAGAAAUGAGAAGAAAAUAACGGUGAAAAUGGUAGAAAAAUCGAUAGGACGAGACUGAAAAGUGGCAUAAAAUCAAAACAAAGGAAAUCGACGCAUAAUUUGCUGUCUUUUCCACCUCUCUUUCGCUCAUCUCUUUGUUACGUUCGUCAACGUAUCCGAUGCAAAGUGAGAUGUUUCAUAUCGUCGAUCGAUAUUGAUACCAGCCAACGAAUCUUUGUUCUAAAUUCUUUUUUUCUUUUUUUUUCGUGCGACAAAUUUCCUUUUCCUGUACAGAUUCGAAGGAAAUUAUCGCUCGAAUAAGAACACUGAGCACUAUUCGGUUGGUAUUGUCGGCAUUUAUAAUUCGAGACUAUUGAAGAACUCGACAAUAUUGUGAAUUUUAAUAUUAAUUAAUUUAUGUUAAUAGAUUUCAUAGUGAAAAAUCAUUUUCGCGCAAAUAAUACUGCCAUUAUUAUAUAAUAAUAACAACUGCCCCGACAAAGACGAUCUUUACGAUGUCGGUACCAAUCAAAAUGAAAACUAUAUUCGAAGGGUAUUUAUAAUGCUUGCGAUAAUGUUGUUAAUAAAACGGUAAUUUUGAAUA